AUGGACACGAACAAACCCCUCGCCGUCUUCCCCUGGGACGCCAUCGUCGCCACAGGGGCACUAGGUCACCCAUCGACUCUGCUGCUGUCGCAGGUGAAAGCCUGGUCAACCUAUGACUACUACGGCCGUUUGAACUCGGAGGCGGCACUGGCGGACGCGGCAGCUGCGUUUGUCGCCGAGAACUCGAACGGCGACGCCGGCCUACUGGGCGCGUAUUUUCGCCGGUUCCUCGCUCUUGCGCGAGAAGACAGCGCCGCAGCGGCGUCGGCGCUGUUGCUACGGCCCGCCGGCUCGGACCAGGCAGCGGCAAUGGCAACGGCGGCAUGCUGGCUCACGGUGCGCAUGUCUAAGCCCACUGACGACUUCAUUGUCCCGCUCUGGCACCGCGACGGCUGCAUGUUCACCUGCACCUGCACCUGCACCUGCACCGCGGGCCCGUCAGCGGCAGCAGUUCCGCACGCCAAGUACGCCGUCUCGCUGCUCGGCCCGGGCACGCGCGUCAUGGCGCCCAGCCCGCAGGUUAACAAGGCCAUAACAGCCUCCGACGCGGCCGUACGAGUGGCGGCAGAGGCGGCGAUGCAGAAGGAGGUAGUGGCGGGGCGGGCCUGGGCUUGGCUUUUGCCAGAGGUCGACGAGGACCGCAUACGCGCCGAUCUGGCCCGGCAGCUGGCCGGCUGCGGCGAGCAGGUCGGCUUCGAGCCGGGGCAGGUCAUCCGCUUCACCUGGGGCCAGGACGACUCGCCGGUGCACUCGGAGCCCGACCUCAGCGGCGGGGACCGGGUCUUUGUGAGUGUUUUGUUUGGAACCGAGGACGAGCUGCGGGGCAUGGCCGAGUUUAGAGAAGUGGACUACCAUGAGAGUGUGCCGGUUCCUUCGUGA